CUCUCUCUGUGGGUUUGGUCUGGUUCUGUCUCGACACCAAUUCGGAGCAAAAAAAUAAACGCACAGACAUUAACCCGCAGGAUUUUACCCGCCAACGAGCCCACGCGACACUUCCACGCGUUUCUGGGGUUUUAUUUUUUUUCUUUAAAAAAAAAAAAACAACAACACAAACAAAAACAGGCCGGUUUUGUUUGUGUGUCUGUUCUUUUCCCUCCGCAGCUGAAGUGAAGUGAUGUCCGUCGCGGGUUUGAAGAAGCAGUUUCACAAAGCCACACAGAAAGUCAGUGAGAAGGUUGGAGGAGCAGAAGGAACCAAGUUAGACGAUGACUUCAAAGAAAUGGAAAAGAAGGUGGACAUCACCAGCAGGGCGGUGUUGGACAUCAUGACCAAAACCACAGAAUACCUACAACCCAAUCCAGCGUCCAGAGCCAAGCUGAGUAUGAUCAACACCAUGUCCAAGAUCCGCGGGCAGGAGAAGGGACCUGGUUACCCUCAGGCUGAGUCCGUCCUGGGAGACGCCAUGCUGAAGUUUGGACGGGAGUUAGGAGAGGAGUCCACCUUUGGCCUGGCACUGACUGAUGCCUCUGAGGCGAUGAAGGAGCUUGGGGAGGUGAAGGAUGCUCUGGACAUGGAGGUCAAACAGAACUUCAUCGACCCACUCCAGAACCUCCAUGACAAAGACCUCAAGGAGAUACAGCACCAUCUGAAGAAGAUGGAGGGCCGACGUCUGGACUUUGACUACAAGAAGAAGCGUCAGGGAAAAGUCCAGGACGAGGAAAUCAAACAGGCGCUGGAGAAGUUUGACGAGAGCAAAGAGAUAGCAGAGCAGAGCAUGUUCAACCUGCUGGAAAGUGAUAUAGAGCAGGUGAGCCAGCUGGCAGCACUGGUCCAGGCUCAGCUGGAGUACCACAGACGCGCCUCUGAAAUCCUCCAGCAGCUCUCCAGCAAGAUGGAGGACAGGAUAAAAGAAGUGUCCAGUAAACCGAGGAAGGAGUACACUCCCAAACCCAGAAUGACCCUGGAGCUUCUGCCCCCUAGUGAAAGCCACAAUGGGGGGAUUCACUCCGCCAAGUCUCCCGGGAGAUCACCAGCUCCCAUGGACCAGCCCUGCUGCCGAGCCCUGUACGACUUCGAGCCAGAGAACGAGGGCGAGCUGGGCUUCAAAGAGGGUGACGUCAUCACCUUGACCAAUCAGAUCGACGACAACUGGUACGAGGGUAUGAUCAACGGCCAGUCGGGCUUCUUCCCCAUCAACUACGUGGAUAUUCUGGUGCCCCUCCCACAGUAGGCUGAAAACCUCAACCCAACCAAUCCCGACGCCUGGAAAACAGCCUGUAUUUGCAUAAACAACAAACCACGCCCUCCUUCUACUUCUUCUUCUGUGCCACGCUGCUUUCAUGGAGUGGACUAAAAUGAGAGAGGAGGCGGAGCCAGUGUAGGUGGGAGGAGUCGGCGGCAGCGGG